GCCCUGAGGUUUCAGGACCAGACCGGGGCUGCUGCAAACCCUAGCUGCAAUACUCACCCUCCUGACACUGUAUCAAGACAGCAGCAGAUUCAUCACAAAGGGGAUGAACAAUCAGUACGUCCGCCGGGAGGUCUUCUGCCGGAACACCUGUCACGAGCUCAAACGCUUCUGGGAAAGGGAAAUUGGCAAACAGACUUACUAUCGAGAAUCAGAAGAACAUCGCCUGGGAAGAAGUGCACUCAGAAAGCUCAGGGAAGAAUGGAAGCAGAAAGUGGAAACAAAGCUGAGACUACGCAACAAUCCAGAUGAGACAGAAAAGCAGGCUAACGUUGGCCAAGAGCUGCAUUGACACCAGAGGAUACAAAGCACUGAGGUUAUUCUGCCAG